CUCAGUUAUGACGAAAGAGCGAGAGAUGCGCAAAGACAACGGAAAGAAACAUUAUAGCGAUAUCCAUGAUAUCAAACUUACUAGUUGAAGCGGUAUUUAGUUAGAAAGCUGGCUAGUCUGUUUUACUUUUUUUAUGCACACGAAUACGUCUAGACAAACUGAGAACGCGGAUCUCCGUUUUGAUGAAUCCUCCCAAUUACGGAUGCCAAUAGACAUUAUGGAAGGAGGUCCACAUUGAGAGAGAUCACACAAUCAAGACCUGCAUUCUCAAGCUUGUGCUAUUUACUGGGAUGAAUCUCUUUGUAUGUGGAAAAAUGCCAUGACUUGUGCAAUGGAGGGUUUAAAGUUAUCUUUGGCGUCAGUGGGGAUUCCCAAGACUGUUCUUCGUGUACAAGGGUUUGGUGGAGUUCUUCUGGGGCUGAUGGCGUUGUGUGUGAUGGUCACAGCAGGCUCACCUGCAGCAGAAGACGGGCCUUUGUGGGAUACCAUCAUGCUCAAGGAAGAUGUACCAAGCAGGACUGAUUCAGCCUUAUUCGUUUCACACACUGACACCUCUGAGCGCUCAGAAGGCACUACAACUACAACUCUCCUUCCACCUGGUCACCUACCAGCUGAAUCUACACUUUCAGCUUCUGAAGUCUCUCAAUCAUUGACUUCUAGAGACCCAUUUCUCAUUGGUCCAGACCCUUUGUCUGCUCCGCCUUUAAGCACCUUGGAGCCUAUGACUGGCCUUAGACAACAACCUGCAGGCCCUUCCAGACUCUCAAGGGACCUGAAGGCUGCCGGGUCCAACACAACAAUGGCGUCUUCCUUUUCAAGCCUUGUCACUGUAUCACAUCAGAAACCUUCUGGACCAUGGUCUAACAUAUCCACAACACGGUUUAACUCAUACACAGCCACGAGUGGGACUACAUCAUCACAGUCAGUUGUCCCAACCCCUAAUGAAAGAGUUCCAGAUGAAGCCCCAUUAAUACCUCCCGGAAACAGUCAGGACCAAUCGGAACAGACAAUUCAUGCACUUAUGACGUUAGUUCCUCUUGGACCCGCGGACCCGCCUCAGCUACCUCGUGAAGACCUAGUAGCCGCUGAAGCCCGGUCAGACCAAGCCGGCCCAGAGUCUAGACCUGAUCCUGACCUGUCCCACAUCUCACUGCACCCAAAACCGCUUCCUGAACCCUCUAGUAGAUCCAUUGAUCUAGAUGAUCUACUCCCCACCAGUGAGCCCGCGCAGAAGGGUGACACUGCCCAAGGUAUCUAUAUGCAUCAGAUACCGCCCGCCGAGAUGCAGCUAGCUCCCAGCCAUGUGCCUUAUCUGAGCCCUCACACCACGUCCUCCUCAGCAGAACCCACCCUGGUCCCUCCUGAUGACUUCUUCCCCACCAACGCCAUGGAGGUGGACUGGGGCUCAGGAGACUACCUGGAAACCAUGUCCUAUGUCGACUCGAAUGGAGACGAGUUCUCCCUGAUCUCUAACCUGCCCACGUACAUGUACGACCUGGGAGGACUCCGUCACGGAAAGCUACGACACCUCCUUCCUUCAGGGUCGUCGUGACCUUUUCCUCGAUGCAUCUUGUAACGUCUUCUGCAAGUCUCCAAACAGCAGCCUACAGCUCCAGUGUUGGAAGUGAAGCACUCUCCACCUCCGUCCAUCCCUCUACCAGUCACCCCACACUAGCCUUGGUACCCACCCUGACACCUCAAGAGGCUUCCCCAGGAGGUUCUGACGUGGACUGGUCAGACACCUUCACCCUCGAACCGACAAAUCUCCUCUUACCGGACAUGAACAGCCUGGAGUACUACACCAUCCAACUGACCAAGGAUGACUCUGAAGAACACAGGGGCACUAACGUGACCUCCACCUCCAGGCACUUGUCCCUGAUGUCCAUCAGCGCCCCUGACAUCAUGGCCACCAGCACCUUCAAUGUGGACCCCAGCCACAUGCUCACAGCCUCUUAUGGGGCGGUCCAGCCUUCUGACAACACUACCUGGAUCGACGAGUCCUCAGCUGACACCUCUGGCUCAGAGCCUCUCAACGUGACCACAGCAGAAACAACCGAGAUUCUUUCAGUGCCAUUCCUGGAGCCUUCAAUAGCACCAACCCCCUCCAGGGACCUCUCCUCCUCCCUGUGGAGUGGAACUGGUCCUGCGUCCUCUGGCGACUGGAUGAGCCCUGUGGCCACCUCCGUAGUUGGACUGGACAGCAGCCCUGUCCUGGUGUCUGUCCAGCCCACUGCCACAUCAUCUGAGGCAGACAUCCAGUGGUACCUCUACCCGACCUCCACUGCUCUACAUAGCAGCCCUUCAGUCACUUCUGUGGUGGCCACCUCUGUCGCCUUCCAGCCACUUCCUGGUCAGACAGAAUUACCCCCACGUGUCAAUUCAAGCGCCGCAGAGCCGGCCACCAACGCCACCACCGUCCUCCCGGUGUCUGUUAUGGCCGACCAAGGCAUUGAUACCGACAAUCCCAUCACAUCACAGACCAACGGCAGCCGUAGUACAGUAAGCCCCAUAGACACCAGCUCCACCGAUUAUUCUGCUUCCACCACCAGUGCCACUACUGCUGCUGUUACCCCCAUCACCUCCAAGGCCCCUACAACCACAGCUCUGUCCACCAGCACUACCACCGCCCCCUCCAAGUUUACCACAAAGAGCCUCCCAACAACCACAGGCCGCCAGUAUAUAUGUGACAUCACCAAGCCGGUGUACUUUGUCAAAGUCGGUUUUCCCGCCGGGGCCACUGUUGGAUAUGCCAAAUCCCAAAUCCAAGAUGUCCUAAAGACAGAGUUCAAUAAGUCCAUUGAACUGCAGGUGGCUAAGAAUCCCCCAGACUUUGUGUUCCGGGCUGUGUCAGGUCCUGUGGCAUACACGUCCAUAUCGGUCAUCGAUGCUCUGCGCCAAUCUGGCCGCCACUUCCUGUCCGUCUCGCACUACUGGAAGGUACCAGACCAUCAGUACCAAGUUCUUUCAGUGCUGCAGUUUGUACCAGGUCAUAUUGACGUGCGAGUCUGCAAUUUCAGCGAGCGCAUAGAGAAGGGCCUGACCAUGGCCUACGCCGAAGUACGCCGUCGCCUGCACCUGUCGGCAAACUUCACGGUGCUCAUUGUUAACAUCACUAUGAACCAGCCGAGGAGUCAGCAGAGGGAGCCAGUGGAUGUGACUUUUGCCGUGCGUGAUGCCGAUGGCUACCUGAAGGGGUCAGAGGUCAGCAACCACCUGAGGCUGCUGAACAUGGUGGAGUUCAGCUACUACGUGGGUUUCCCCGUCCUGCAGAUUGCAGAGCCUUUCCAAUAUCCAGAGUUGAACACCACCCAGUUGCUUCGCUCUUCUUGGGUUAGAACAGUGUUGCUGGGUGUGCUGGACCAAAGGGUGGGCGAGCGGACAUUCCAGGCCGAGAUGGAGCGUCGUUUGGCCCUGCUGCUGGGAGAGGUGCUGGGAUGGGCCAGGCGGGUCAGGAGGGCUACCAGCGCGGCCAACCACAGUGUUCAGAUUGUCAGUACCACCAGGCCAGUGGGGGAGGACCAACCCCUGGAGAUGGUGUACUUUGUGGACGGUCCAGGUGGACGGCGGCUGCCUGCCGUCACCACGGCCAACAUGUUGAACCGCCUGGAUGUGCAGAGAGCAGCCAUCGUACUGGGGUACCGGGUCCAGGGCAUCCUGGCUACACCUGUGGAGAAGGUGGCGGGGUACCCUCCCCCAGACGCGGAGAACACCAGCAUGUGGAUCAUCAUCGGCGUGGUGGUGCCUCUGGCUGUGGUCAUCGUCAUCAUCUCCCUCCUCUACUGGAAGCUGUGUCGCACCGACAAGCUGGAGUUCCAGCCUGACGCCAUGACCACUGUCCAGCAGAGGCAGAAGCUCCAGGCUCCCAGUGUGAAGGGCUUUGACUUUGCCAAGUUACACCUGGGCCAGCACAGUAAGGAUGACAUCAUGGUGAUCCAGGAGCCUGGUGCCUCCGGCCCUCCCCCGUCCAACCCCGGCUUAAAGGAGGCCACUACCCCCUCAGAGAAUGGCGAGGCCCCCACACCUAAAUCAAAGGGUACCUCUGUCUCCUCCAGCAAGGUGUCCCGCAGCGCACGCAGACGAGGAAGGAUCUCCCCAUCGGAUGGGGACUCCAUGGUGAGCGCUGGGUCCAGUGAUCGUGAGGGGGAGGCAGCCACUGACAACCCGAGAGCCAUUGCCACACCCAACGACAGCAAGCAGGCCCGCAAGAUCCCCAUCAGUGUUUUAAAUGGAAAGAAUAGGAUCGGUCCUCCGCCCACGAACGGCCACGAUGAGCAGCUCUCCUCGGCCUCCAUCUUUGAGCAUGUGGACCGCAUGUCCCGCUCGGCUGAUGGCACCCGGCGCCUGCCCAAUAAGAUCCAGCUGAUCGCCAUGCAGCCGAUGGCCGUCCUGCCCCAGCGCCACAGCCCCACUAUGAACGGUAUCAACGGCAGAGGGACUGACCCGCACAUCACCUUCAACAAGGAGAUCCAGGUGGCGUUGAGGCAUAAGUCUGAGAUCGAGCACCAUCGGAAUAAGAUCCGUCUGCGGGCCAAGAGGAAGGGUCACUAUGACUUCCCCGCCAUGGAUGACCUGGUGGACAGUGGUCUGACCACUGACCCCAAAGACCAGGACCGAAUUUACCACAAGGCCCAGAUGCAGAUCGACAAGAUCCUGGACCCAGAUGUCCAAAUGCCCUCGCUGUUCAUGGAGCCUAAAAAGAACGGCCGGGGAAAACGCUCUCCGAGGCAGAAGAAGAAGCACCAGCUGAACGGCGGCCUGACAGAAGCAGACAAGGACCGCCUCAUCUCCAAUGAAAGUGAUGGGACCUACCGACGGUACCCUGGGGUUAACAACGUGGCCUAUGUGUCGGACCCUGAUCAGGCUCCGGACUCUGGGACCCCCUCCCCCAACGAUGACGUGUUCAUGGGCCCCAACUCCCCCCCUCCGGGGCACGCUCCACCCCCACCCCCCUACAUGCCCCCCCAGCCCUCCAUUGAGGAGGCCCGGCAGCAGAUGCACUCCCUGCUGGACGACGCCUUUGCCCUGGUGUCGCCCACCUCCCAGGGCAGCACGGCCGGUGUCACCCUGCCCGGGGUCAACACCAGCCCCCCGGCCCACGUUGGAGCACGUCCCUGGGGCUCGUGCUACCCGCCAAUCAGCCCUUUCUCCCCGAGGUAUGCCGAGUUAGGGCUGUCACCUCCUUCAAUCCCAAGUCUGCUACAGAGGCAGGGCCUGGGCUCCAGUUACAUUUCACCAGGUGACCCAGGACAUGGUGACCAGCUCCACCCAGACGCCCUCUACCCCUCCAGGGGUCUGUACACUGAAGACAUGCCCUCAUCUGCCAGGCCACGACCAGUAGGGGGCACCACAGGCGCCCAGCUCCAUCACCUGACCCAGGUGGGUUUGGGAACCCGGGUCAACGGGGGGUACCCAGCGGGGAGCAGGGCCCCUCCAGGUCAGACUGGGGGUUCAGGAUGGGGCCCCUACCCUGACGAUGACUUCAGACCCACCAGAGACCCUAUGUCGAAUAGGAGUGCCCGAAGGGAGCCGUCAGCCCCGCCUGCCCACCUAGACAACCACACCGCCGGGUUCAGCUACCCCAGCGAGGAGUCCUCCUCUCCCCCCAACCACUCCUCGGCCUCCCUCAUCAAGGCUAUAAGGGAGGAGCUGAUGCGCCUCUCCCAGAAACAGCAAGCCGUGCCUAGCUACCACAGCUGAACAGAACGCCCUUACCCCUACCCCUUCCACUGAGCUGUCUGCCUGCCCGUCUACCUGCCUGCUCCAACCUAGCAAUGCUUCCCGUGGAAGCUCCUUCGGACAGGAGAGAGACCAGACAGUCCUGCUGGGGUGAGAGUCUUGACUAACCUGACCCAACUGUCAGCUGAAUGAGGAGGUUGUCUCCAGCUGGAAGCCGAAGUAUGGACAGAAUCGUUUUAGGGAUGAACGGUUCUCUUCAGACUCAAAUCCUCUGGCCCCACUGACCCUGUUGGACCCCAGUCCUAUGGCGAACAUGAUACUGGACCGGGUGGCCAUGUUGUUGGAGGACAGAUGUGAAACUGCUCUCUAGCUCUGGCCAGGGCCUCUCUGCCAAAGCCCUGUCUUGACUGCUGAUCCUGAGGGUUUUUAUUGGAGGUGUUGUUGCGUGUAUUCUUCUUGAAACAGCGGUGUAAACUCUUGAGGGGGGUGGUAAUGACAAAUCUGCUUUGAUUCAGCAUUUCCCAGGACAGUGGGACCUGAAGGACAUCUGUCAUUUAGCCUGAAAGCAUUUAUACCUUUCCUUUAACUAUGACCAAUUUUUACCUUUUUCCAUACAGGUAUUGGUUUAUCUUCUAAGAGCCUCCUGCUUUUCCAUUUUCUGGUGCUACAUUCUACACUUAGUGUUUUCCACCAGGUUGUUGAGGGUUGAUAUGCACACGUUGGUAAAAAACUAGCUUGGUACCAGGGUGCUGUGUCAGUUGUUCUACAUCUUUAACCACCAUGAACCACACAAUGCCUUGUUUUGUGACAGUGAAUCAGUUCAAUGCUCUUGGUCUACUGGAGCUUGAGUUUAGAGCCACCAUACUAGACCAAAGCCUGCAGUAAUCCCACUGAAGCUGUUCACAUUCAUUAAUUAACCUCUGCAAUAGUAGUGGAACAGGGUAUAUUUAGUCGAUAAGGCAUGAGCGGGUGUAGUGUAUGGACAAUAUACCGCGGCUAACAGCAGUGCUAAGGCACGACGCAUCACAAACGCAAUAUACAAAAAAAAACAAGAAGCCUUAUUGCUCUUAUUAACCAGUUACCAAUGCAAAUUAAAGACGUGAAAAGUGAUGUGAUGUCAUACCCAUGGUAUACGGUUUGGCCAAUCAGCAUUCAGCCUUCAGUGAUAGAGCGUUGUUAGAGAUAGUUUGUAACUCACACCCAUCUACAUGAGCCUUGUUUUCAUUCAGCACAAUGUCUUUCCAUAUCCUGAUUACUGAUGAUACUACCUUAACGUUAUUGAUAUGCCAACAUGGAAACCCUACCUGUGAAUGUCUUUAGAUAUUACACUGAUGUCAUUUAUUUACGUUAAAGGACCAAAUUCGUACAAUAGUUAAGUUAAAGAUAAAAUUGCAGCAAUUCAAAUGCAGUGUUUCAGCAAAACCUAAAAUUAAAACAGCUGAUUGCUCUCUCCUAAUAGAUGGCAGUCUGUUUUAUGAAGAGGAUAGAUCCAGGCACAUGAUCAGAUCUGUAUCUAUCUGUGUCUAUUCUAUUUUAUAGUGGAUAGAUCCAGGUACAUGAUCAGAUCUGUAUCUAUCUGUGUCUAUUCUAUUUUAUAGUGGGUAGAUCCAGGCACAUGAUCAGAUCUGUAUCUAUCUGUGUCUAUUCUAUUUUAUAGUGGGUAGAUCCAGGCACAUGAUCAGAUCUGUAUCUAUCUGUGUCUAUUCUAUUUUAUAGUGGGUAGAUCCAGGCACAUGAUCAGAUCUGUAUCUAUCUGUGUCUAUUCUAUUUUAUAGUGGGUAGAUCCAGGCACAUGAUCAGAUCUGUAUCUAUCUGCAUCUAUUCUAUUUUAUAGUGGGUAGAUCCAGGCACAUGAUCAGAUCUGUAUCUAUCUGUGUCUAUUCUAUUUUAUAGUGGGUAGAUCCAGACACACAAUCUAAUCCUUUUAAUACACUGUAGGUAGACUAUUGUGUUACACCUUAGUUUUUCUUAGGGCUUAAUUCAUACUUAAGCAGAUGUGACAUAGACGUAAGUGAAAAAUCAACCCUCUCAUAGUGACUCGUCUGAAUUGGGGCCACUUUGAAUUUCCUCCUGGCUACACCACCGAAAUGUAGCUGAAAGAUUUAUAGGUCAUUUAAUGAAAGAUUCAUAGGUCAUGUCAGUGCAUUGCUGAAGGAAAUGUCGUCUUUUCCAUGCUGAGAGACACGGACAGUCAGUGUUCUUAUUUGAUUUCUUGCUUAUUACACACAGUAUUGUAAUGAGCCACUGUUGAUUUACCACAGCAUCAGACUUCCAAACUGAAAUGUAUGUACUGUUUUAAUUGUUCACAGGUUACUGUUCACAAUUAACCUGUCAAAUUCAGAUGUUUUGUGCUAUUUUGUUAUUUGUAUACUUUAAUGUCCCUGCCUCAUGUUUAAUGUUUUUCCUUGCUGUGUCUUUGAUUAAUAAUUCUUAUUUAAUUUUGUUCAGUUACAUUCUUUGUCAAAAUCCCCGCAGGUUGAUUUGCCAUGGGGGUUGAUCUUAUAUUUUAUUUAAAUUAAAUAAAAGACAAAAGUA